AUGGAAGCGUCUGCAAUGGCCGGCGACUGGUACCAAGCCGAGGGCCCGGCGUCGCCGUACUCGGCCAACCGCGCUCUCAUCCACGACCUCACCCUCCCCUCCAUCCCUAACCUCGACAUCCCCCCUUCGCCCUCGGGCUCACCGCCGCCACGCGCGAGCAAGAGUUUUGAGCAGUUUCUGGCGCUCAAGAAAAAUGGCACGCACUUCAACUCCAAGCUUGAGCAGUCGACGGCGCUGCGCAACCCAGGCGUUAUGGACAAGCUCAUGGACUUUGUGGGGCUGGACGAGCGGCAGCAGUACGAGACGACGCUGUCGCCCGAUCUGUGGAAUCCCGCAGCAUUUCCCGAGACGGCUUUUGUGGAAAAGCUGAGGAAGAGCCGGGAAAAGAUUGCCAACCAGAGGGAGGCGGACAAGGCUAGCGGCGCAAGGAGUUCGGUUGACUUUGUACCCUCGACGGCCACGAUCGAUGCCAACGCGUCGGUAGCCAGUGGUCUCUCGAGGGGAGAUAAGAGUAGGAGCAGCUGGAGGUGA